AUGAUGUGUGCUGCGGUUGCGAAAAUGGAUUCCAACUUGACAAGUAUGUGGGUAAACUUCUUCACGGCGGCUGGUAUUCCGUCGGACGUGUCUGCAACUUACGCGCUCACGUUCACGGAGAACCGCAUCCAGAGUGACAUGCUCCUGGAUCUCAACAAGGAGUACUUGCGAGACAUGGGGAUUUCUAGAAUGGGAGAUGUUAUCGCCAUAUUGAGGCAUGCCAAACAAGUACAUGAGAGCACUGCCCGUGACCGUGUGCUGAGCUCGGCAGUGCCCACCAAAGUCCCUGUAGCUGCUGUAACCGGGCGCGCUACGGUGUCAUCACAACCUUCCUCACCGGCCAGCCGGAUAUUGGAGCACUACACGCGCAAUCCACAAGUGCAGGACUCUCCUAGUCCCACGUCUCAACUAAAAAGAAAGGCUCUGGACAUUGGGAAUGACGACAUUAAUAUGAAAAAGUCGCGGCUGAUACGUUUCGCUCCCACACAGCAAACAGUAGUUAAAGAAGGUCCUUCUAAAACAGUGUUCGCUCGACUAGGUAGCUCUGAGUCGGGGAAGGUGUCGCCAGUCACUACAAAAGCCUCAGUCAAGCCAAUCUAUGCUCGGCUCGGUUCAAAAGCCGACAAAGAAGAGGACGAGCAAGCUAUACCGAUCGAGAAGGAUGCGCUCAAAUACGCAGGCAUACUCAAGAAUACAGUUGAUGUCUCUAAAAAGGUUUUCACAGUCACUACAUCGAAGAAUAACGUUAGGAAAAUAGCAGUUGGUACUAUGCGGGCUGACGAAGCUCCAGUUAGUGUGAAAACAAAACUGGCAAAACCCAAAUCAGUCAAGUUCUCGAACCACAUUCAGUAUAAAGAAAUAGAUCCUGUUCAGCUCAAUCAGAAGGCUGUGACUCAGAAAGCAGCGCCGAGUCCUGUGCAGAAGUUCACACCAGUGUUUAAUAAACCUGAGAGGAGAUUGUCCAUGCCACCCAUAGCCAACAAUGGAAUCAAGGCUAGGCUAGGACAAAAGAACACAAACAACUUGACAAUCACUAGGAAUGUUUUCAAUAGACUGGGUGUUUGA